CACAGGGACCACCUGGGCUCUCCCAGAACCACCUUCUUGUCCUCCUGACAGCAGUCUCUGCCUCUGGUCACCUCCAGAAGUAUCUGUCUCCGUCUCUGCUGCCCCUCUGGGCCCCUUCUCUGCCCCUGGUGAAAACCCUCUUGGCUACCUGGAGCCACUCUUUCUGCCCUCAGCCUGUGCUCUAAAUCAGGUAGUGUCAGGGCAACCUGGCCCUGGUCCACAGCCCCCGUCUCUGGCCCUCUUCCCCAGGACGCUCCUCAGAGCCACUUGUCCUAGGAAGGGUCAUUCUGACAAGCCACCCCCUCCCUGGCCUAGGGGCUGAGGAACCUGGGGAGGGGCUGCUGGGAUGUUCUGGGACUGAGCGUGCUCAGCUCUGUGCCUGUGUUGGGUGUCUGUCUGUCCGUCUGUCUGAGGAGCCUGCUUGUGCUCUGAAGGCCUCAGAGGGACUGACCCUCCUCCGUGGUGGCAGCUGAGGAGACUCUCUAAGCUGGGUCCUCAGCUCUGGGGUCUGCAGGGGUUGCGGCACCUCCCCCUUCUCCCUGCUCCCCCCUCCAGACAGGAAGAGCUAACUGGGGAAGAGCUGGGGAAGGGGGAGGUGGUGGUGGUGGGGAGUCUAGUUCUGUCUCUUUCUAGGUAGCAGGGGCUGGGCAGUGGCCCUAUUGGGGCAGCACCUGGAUGCCAGGAGGAAGAGCCUGCUUGUCCUGCCCUCCUGGAAGCCCCGUGCCCUUACUACCUUCUGUAUUUUGUGCCCCUACUACCUUCUUCAUUUUUUUUUUAAAGAGAAAAAUCCCUUAAAGGAAGAUUCAAGCCGAGGGGCUCCCCAGAGCCCACUUUGAGAACCACUGGCCUGGGGCUGGUGGAGGUGUGAGAUCUGACAUUUCUGGGUGUGCAGGGGACCCUGACACCUGCCCUGUCCCUGUCCCGGAUGUCUCCCAGGCGAGCUGGCCAUGCCUGUGACCUGGAUCCUGUGGGGCCUUGUGUUUCUCCUGGAGGGGAUGGCAUUCCCGGUGGGGAGGCAGCCUGGGCACAGGCAUGAGCAUGAACCCCUGCCCCACUUUUUUGUUCUUUGUGGCUCUAGGGCAGGCUAGGGGGUGAUGGUUAGGGCCACAGUGCCAAGUCCUGGAGUCUGGACUUUGCCCCAGGGCCACUGAAGGCCAGAGUAGGGGGUGUUAGGGUCAGAUUUGUGAUUUCAGGGGAGCCCUGGGAUGGUGCACUGGCUGACCACCCCCCCAGACUGAGAGCUGGAGUCUCCCUCCUUCCCAGGGCAUCUCACCCCCAGGAGGAAGUGCCCCUCCCCCUAGGCGUUUGUCCAUUGAUUUAGACACAAAUGGCUGAGUUCACCUUCCUGUGGAAAACUCUGCCCUCAGGCCUUAUCUGGAGGGUGGGGAGGCACCUUGUCCUUGGGUGGGACCUUCUCCCUCCACUAUUUCAGGCUCUGGGGGCUGCAGGAAGCCGAAGGAGGGGUCUUCCGCUGGUGUAUUUUUUUAAUUUAUUUUUAUUCGACUUAUUUUAUUUUUGGCUGUGUUGGGUCUUCAUUGCUGCGCGUGGGCUUUCUCUAGUUGUGGCGAGUGGGGGCUGCUCUUUGUUUCAGUGUGCGGACUUCUCAUUGGGGUGGCUUCUCUUGUUGCGGAGCACGGGCUCUAGGUGUGCAAGCUUCAGUAGUUGUGGCUCGCGGGCUCUAGAGUGCAGGCUCAGUAGUUGUGGCGCAUGGGCUCAGUAGUUGUGGCUCUCUGGCUUUAGAGCGCAGGCUCAGUAGUUGUGGCGCACGGGCUUAGUUGCUCUGUGGCAUGUGGGAUCUUCCCAGACCAGGGCUCGAACCUGUGUCCCCUGCAUUGGCAGGAGGAUUCUUAACCACUGUGCCACCAGGGAAGCCUGCUGCUGGUGUAAUUUUAGAGGAAAAGAGUGGGGCCCGUCUGGCAGGUCCCUCCGUGGUUGGGGCUGGCAGGGGGACAGGGACCCCAUAAGGUCAGGGGAGUCCCUGAGGGCACGGUCUCUCUUUUCCCUCCCAGCCAGAGACCCGGUAUUUAAUCGGCUGAGCUCAGAGCAUGGGAAGGAAGAGCUGGACCUCCGCUGACCUCCACAAACCAGGCUUAGCUUCCGCCCAUCACAGGCUGUGAGGGAGCCUGGGUGAACGAUGCUUAUAUACAGGGCUAUGCCCUGAUAGGGCCUCAACAGCAGUGGGUCAGGAGAACUGGGGAGAGAUGUGUGUUGUUUGCUUCACGGUGGGGGAUGAAGGGGCCCACCCUCCAUGCCCUGUGGGGGGAAGGGCUGAGGUGGGAGUCCAGGCCCCAAGGGCCCUUCUGGCUCUCUCAGCCUCAGUGUCCUCCUGUCCUGGGUAGGGAGGAGGGGGUGGGCAGGGGAGGACACUGAUGUGGCUGGCCCCUCCCUUCCGGGGGCUGUCAGGGCUGUCAGUGGUGACUCAGCCCCGUUCAGACUGGGCUGGGGUGGCCGCAGCUGCAGUGCAGCUGAUCGUGACAGUGAUGAUGGGGGACCGCCCCGAACAGCGACGGGGCAGCCAGCGGUGCCAGGGCUGCAGGGGUGUGAUAGACCCCGGGCCCUCCUCCCCCUCACAGCCAGCCCAUGCCUCCACCUCCAGUUCUGGAGGCCUUUGGGGGCUGAGAGUGAGUGAGGUGACAGAGUCCUGCAGAGGGUGACCGCCUGGUACAGGACGUGGUGCCUACAAGAGGGCUUUUGGGGCUCCCUGGUUCCUGCUCCCCAUCCCCCCGUGAGCUGCAGCAGGACUGUCUUAUGUUCUGAGAUCAGGGUCCCCUCCUUUGCCUCCUUGUCUCCCCAGCCCUGGGUCCUGGGAGCAGGGCAGGGCCUCCCAGCAGUUUCCUUCCUUCCUUUCUUGGGACGGAAACCUGGCCGGUGGGGGACACCCGGCUGGAGCCUGAGAAGGGGAGGGGGGCUCAGCCACCACCCUGCUCCUCAAAGUGACUCAGCCCUAUGUCCCCACCCGUCCCUGGGGAGCCUGGGCCACAGUGGGAGGUGGAUAAAUGGGGUGGCAGCCUGGGCUGGCUGGAGAGCUCAGGCCACUCCAGCUGGACGCUCGCCGCUUGCCGCUUCUGUCCCGCCUCCUAUGGCCCGCUCUGGGAGUGCCACACCACCCUCCCCGGCCCCAGGAGCCCUUCCACGGAGCCCAUCCCGGAGGCUUGUGCAGGAUGUCAAUGGGCCCCUGAGGGAGCUGCGCCCGAGGCUCUGCCACCUGCAAAAAGGCCCCCAGGGCUACGGGUUUAACCUGCACAGUGACAAGUCCCGGCCUGGACAGUAUAUCCGCUCGGUGGACCCAGGCUCUCCUGCUGCCCACUCUGGCCUCCGUGCCCAGGACCGACUCAUAGAGGUGAACGGGCAGAAUGUGGAGGGGCUGCGCCACGUGGAGGUGGUUGCCAGCAUCAAGGCACGGGAGGACGAGGCCCGGCUGCUUGUGGUGGACCCCGAAACAGAUGAGCACUUCAAGCGGCUGCGGGUCACACCCACCGAGGAGCAUGUGGAAGGUCCAUUGCCAUCACCAGUCACCAACGGGACCAGCUCGGCCCAGCUCAAUGGUGGCUCCGUGUGCUCAUCCCGAAGUGACCUGCCUGGCUUAGACAAGGACACUGAGGAUGGCAGCACCUGGAAGCGCGACCCUUUUCAGGAGAGCGGCCUCCACCUGAGCCCCACUGCAGCCGAGGCCAAGGAGAAGGUGAGAGCCACCAGGGUCAACAAGCGGGCACCACAGAUGGACUGGAACCGGAAGCGAGAGAUCUUCAGCAACUUCUGAGCCCUCCCUGCCUGUUUCCUGCCGGGCUCCUCCUGCAUGGACCUUGGGCCUUGCCCCUCGGGCCCGCCCAGAGCUCCCCUCAGUGGACUGGAGGGGACAUCCUUACCCCCCAAGCCGUGGUGGUCCCACCACCACCCAAGAACCAAC